AUUUAUCACCAGUGCAUUCGGGCAAGACGUUACAUGAGCUACGUAUUCCUAAGCGUACCAAAUCACAUUUGUUCAUUGAUAAAUCAUAAGUGAUAGCUAGCAAGUAUAAUUUGACUGUAUCUCGCCAUUAAUUUUUUUUUUGUUAAUAGAGGAUCACAGCACGUUCCAUAAUAAAAGAGCUGAGUAUUGUUUACGAAUUGCUCGUAGUGAGGAAAAAUACGUAUGUAUACACAAAAUAAAGUAAUAGAUUAAAGUCUAGUGAUUUUUUAUUAAUUUCAUUUAAGGAUUCGUGUGUGGAGUUCAAGCACAUUAAAAAAUAAUAGGUCUUACGGGUCAAAGACUGUGUGGUUCCUGGAGUACUGAAAGAUCAAAUCUUUGUAAUGAACAGAUUGUGGCCAAUUUAAGUAACUAGCCAAUAUAUCCUGAUAUUCUAGGGAUGUGUUUCGGGGAAAGGAAAAAAAAAUCAACAACUUAUAAAGCUUUUUGAGUAAACACUUAGUCGAAAACACUUCGCUUAGGCAACUAUUAAACAUUGAAGCAAAGUUCAAACCAUCCAUGUAAAUUUACGCACCUGUCAAACACACUGGCAUGUAUAAAGAAUGGAGAGCAUACGAAACUAUUGCAGGAAACCAUUUUUAGUUUUUUGCCUGUUCUCUGUUAUUGCUGUGUCGUAUGUAUUCUUAAUAUUAUAUGGCAACUAUAUCUCUGCGUAUCAAUCGCAUUGUGACCCGAUUGAACGUAAAGAAAAUACAAUCGUUAGCAAUAACAGAUCGUUGUUUCAUGCAAGAGACAAACAAAUAACGGAUAAAGAAUUAACCAGCCUGUAUGUUAAAAAUAUAUCGAGUUUAUUUAACUUUAAAGAAGCUAAUUGUUCAAGAUUAAUUUCCGGAGACCAAACUUACACGCAAAACGUGGAGAAAAUAGUUCCAACGGUUAAAGGAUCUCUCAGUGAUGAAGACUACAUGAGUUUAACUGAAGACUGUGAGACGUUUAAAAAGACAAGAGGUUACAUAAUGUCAAGCUUAACAGAAGAAGAAAAAGAGUUUCCCAUCGCUUACUCAAUUAUGACGUUUAAAAACUCAGAAAUGGUGGAGCGCCUCCUGCGGUCCAUCUACAGACCACAAAACUAUUACUGCAUCCACGUGGAUAUGAAGUCGUCCGAUUCGUUUCUGCUGGCGGUGUCCGCCAUUUCUAAAUGCUUUGCUAAUGUUUUUCUCACGUCGACAAGACGCAAAGUUUAUUGGGGGACCUACACUGUAUUAGAACCAGAGCUGUUUUGUCUGAAGGAACUUUGGCGUUACAGAAAAUGGAAAUAUUUCAUCAACUUGACUGGUCAAGAGUUUCCAUUGAAGACGAAUUUCGAGCUCGUUAAAAUACUGAAAGCUUACAACGGUGCCAAUAAUAUCGAAGGCGUUGUGAAGCGGUAAUUUAUUUUAUUUUUCAUAAUCAUCUAACCCUUUAUUUUUUUUUUCAUGCAGUUAAUUUAAAAUACAACCUAUGAGUAUCCAUUUGACAUUUUUCUGUUCUUGCAUUUGAUUUUAUUUAUUUUUUUUUCUAUAAACACAAACGUUAAAGACAUUAACAAUUUUUUUUUCGCACAAUGUUGUUCUCAAUGGUAAAAAAUAUAUAUAAAUAAAUAUGAUAUUAGAUGCACCUUAUUUUAAUUUGGACAAUUGAAACAAAACGUAAUUAUAUUUCUUAUUUUCAUUUAUUAUUUUUUUUUCUUUGAUCAUUUAAAUUAAUUUUAAAAUAUUUAUUUAUAUAUAUUUUUAUAAUUAUUAAUAUUUUAAAUACAUUUUUGUUGAGGUGGGCGGAAAAUGUUGUUUGUGGGUUGUAAUAUAUUGUGAGCAAUUUUAAAAUAAACAAAUACAAUCAUUUAAAAAAAGAAAAAGUUUAAACAAAGCUUUUAUUAUUUUUUUUGACCGAUACGUUUGUAACUCUAGAUCACUAUUGCAUACAGCAGGGUUUGGGAACCUUUUUGUCUGAGAGAGCCAUGGAAAACUACAUAUUUUGAAAAGUAAUUUUGUGAGUGUUACGGACACCACAUAUUUUGAAAAGUAAUUCUGUGAGAGCCAUACAUUAUGUUUAACACUAAAAAUUCAAGUAAAUGUGUGCAUUUUGUGUAAUUUCAACACUAAAAUUUCAAUAAUUUUGUUUGUGAAUUCCUUUUAAUAACAUUGGUAUGCUGUUGCUAAUCAAUAAUGAGUAUUCCUAACCAUUAAUGCAACUUUCUUUUUAUAACGAAUAAUUGUCUGGGAGCCAAAUGCAGCAAUCAAUAGAGCCAUAGGUUCCCGACCCUUGGCAUAAAUGAAAUCAUGAUAUAUAAAGCAAAAGCAUUUACAUUUUUUUUUACAUUAGUUUUCUUUUCUUUCUUUUUUUUUUUUUUGAGAACUUUUACAAGUUCAAAUUAAAAUGAAAAUGAAAUGAAAUAUGCUUUGGGCGUGACACGAUAUCUCUUGUGUAGAAAUAAGGGUGUUUACAUGAUCAACACUUAAGAUAUCCCUGAACUUCUGUUAGCAGCUGAGGACGUGUUGUACUUUACCCCAAAUGAUCAACGACACCGCUGACUUUUCUUGGCAUCCUGCUUCUGCUCUGUCUUAUCUUCCUGUCGUGUAAUUAUUUAUGCCCAUCUUGUUCGUAAACCGCUUGUGCUCUGUUAUAAAGGCGCAAUUUAAACAUUUUGACCCCCCCCCCCCCCAAAUUGUCUUACGUAUCAAUAAGCUUUUGCUGUGAUGUGUAAGGGGUCGUUCGCAAAUCAUAUUUUCAUUUUUUGAUAAGGCCAACUAUGUAUCGUUUGAACAAACUUGUAAACAAUCUCAUGCAUUACUAAAAGGGCAUGGAGAUAGAAACUAAAAUAAAUGGGAAGAGUAGCAAGAAAACGUUUGUAAAAUGCAAUAAUAGACUGGAAAUGUGUGAAAUGUGUGGAAUGUGUGAAAUGUUGGGAAUGUGUGGAAUGCAAAAAAAAAAUAUAAAAAUGUUAAUUUAAAACCCACCAUUUUCUCUGUCAGCGUCCACGAAUGUAUUUGUAUGCUGUGAGGUUGCCUAAGUAGGGGGGAGGGGAGGGGGAAUGCCGCCCGUUGUAGGUUAUUUUUUUUUUCAUAAGACACGAACAAAGUCUGCACAUGAUGAUAAAUAAUGCAGCUUCUUAAUAUAGAGAGGACAAAAAGACGCUCUGGUCUGAUAGUACUUCAGAAUACUCUUCCCACGUUAUUUAGUUUUUUAAAUUACUUUUUUUGUUUAAAAUGUCGCCCAUGCAUUUUUUUAUGUUUUCAUAUUAUCAGUAUUUAUUGAUGUUUAAGUUUCCACGUUUACAACAUAACCUUUGUUACUUUUCGUGUUUGUUCCCUAAUAUAAAUGAACACAAAAAGUGAAAUUUGGACUUUUUUCCCGUCUGCGCAAGUGGAGCGUCUCCGGGGAAACUUGGGGGCGUCCACACGGGGCUUGGCCUCUUCGUGGCGUGGCUGACUAUGAGGUUUGGUACAGUUCUUCCAAAGCAAAAACGCCGGCUAAAUGCAUAACUCCCAACACAACGGGUGUAAGAACGUCGUAACAUGAUGAAUUAUUGCCGUUGAUGGAUAUGAGACUUGGAUAGUGGUCAAAACAAAUGCCGAUGAUUUUAGCUACGUGGUCACGAGACAGCUGCUCCUACUCCUAGGCAACUGUUUCGUCCAAGCUUUUUGACUUGACCGAAAUACUCUUUAGCCGCGGAGGGGGGUGGUAACGACACACCUUUUCCUCCGGAGUGGAAGCAAACCCGCCCAGACUCUCUGGGAAAUUCGGUUGGAAAAGCUUUACACGUAGUGUUUGCGGUUGACCGGGGAAUCCCCUAGGACAAUUGGAGGUUCACGGCAUGCCCCGCACGAUCUGGUGGCGUGGAACCCCGGCAUCUGGCCAGGGUGAAGGUGUGCUGGGGGGGCGGAUUAAGAGAUCGCAAUCGACAGCCCAUCGACACCUUUCCCAAUGUGACAUGUAUUGUGUAUGCUCCGUUCAAUGUGAAGCCCUGAGACUUCCAAUCUUAUUCAAAAAAAGAAAGUAUAUUUUUUUGCCAUCAAUCUUUCUAAAUCCCUCGAUGAAUCUCCGCGAAGUUCUGUCCCUGUCGAAACCCUUAUAUAUGCAGCGUAAGCGCUGCCUUCCAGAAUCUACCCAGCAUUUGUUUACGUUUCUCGGCAAAUCGAGAACGUUCGACGAGAUACUAGGACAAAGACAAAUCGUGUUUCAUUGGUAUUCGGUAGUAAACACGAUACAUAAAAGAGAUUAAAACACGCCCACAACAAACGUUAGCGUCUGCUAGGAACAGCAUGGUACGGGGAAGUCCCACAUAACAAUAUAUAUAUAUAUAUAUAUAUAGAUAUUUAUAUAUAUAUUUCUAUUAACAUUUAUUUGUAAAUAUAUAUAAACUUCACAUAUACGAUAUGUAUUCAUAUAUAUGUAGGUAAUAUUUAUAGGUGUGUGUCUCCUCCCCAGAGUUAACGAAGAACGUUGGAAUAAUAGACCACCUCCAUUUGGCUUACGUCCAGUCAAGGGUGCCAUCCAUGUAACAAUCAGCAGGUAGUGUUUGGAGGUUUUGAUAUGAAAGAGUAAUAUCAUUUUAAAAAUUUAUAUUUAUACUCUCAUUAUGUAUCCACUCAAUGUCCACAGAUGUUUUUUUUUCAUACUCUCAUCAUGUAUCAACUCAAUGUCCAUAGAUUUUUUUUUCAUACUCUCAUCAUGUAUCCACUCAAUGCCCAUAGAUGUUUUCUAUCCCUCUAAUGAACACACAACGUUUCACAAAGGUAACAUUAAUUAUCCUUGUUUAUGUUGGUUUGAAUACUUUUUAUGUGUUCAUUUGAAUAGCAUUAUUUUUCAGAAAAAUCAUAGUUUCAAAAAGAUUUACAGUGAAUUUAAACGACGGUAUUUCUAGUGUACAUUUCAUAUGGAGAUUUUCAAACAAAACUUAAUGUUAUUGAUUUUUUUUUUUUAAAUUGUAAUCGACUAGCUCAUUGAUAUUGAUAAACUUUUUUUUUACAUUCAAGCGCCCUUUAAAUACAGCCAAUCCAAUCGGUGUUUACUAACAAUGUUAAUCAAUCGAGAUAUGUAAGCUAAUGCAUGGCUUUGUGAAAUAAAAUGAACAGGUAUAUGGAAUUUAAAUAUCCUUUUUUUUUCCACUUCCAGAAGUUUCGUUGACUAUGUCCUUCAUAACAAGACGGCCCAAGCUGUGCUCAACUGGUCCACGACAAUCGGCGUGCCAGAUGAGGGCUUCUUUCCAACUUUAAAUUUUAACCCUCAGUUGGGUGUGAAGGGAACGUAUAGCGGUAUGUGGACCUUUCUUUUUUUUCAAAUGACGAUCAUUUCUAAGCAGUGUCAAAGCUAGGUUUUCUUGCGCCCAUUACGGACUAAGUUUUUGGAUGCCUCCACCCAUAGAAAAAUAAAAUGGACCAUGCCGAAAAGGUCAACAAAAACCCAUUGAAAAAUGUAAAAUUGCACCCGUGGGAAGUCCCUUGUCAACCCCCCCCCCCACUUCCUACACAAGGUAUUCAGUGUUUCUUGGAUAUAAGAUUGUUUGUUGAAUACGCCAGUGGGUAAAGAUGAGAAAAUAUUUUAACAGUGCAAGGAUAUUUAGUCAAGUUGAGGAAACCAUUUUUACACGUUUUAGUGAUCUGUAUUGUUUCAUAUUUGCAGUUUGUAUGCGACAUCCAACGCACAUAGCACGAUAUGUUAGACACGGGAUUCAGACCAUCAUCAAAUAAUAAAUACAUUCUUUUACUUCCUGGAAUAUCAGUUUUGGAUAAAAACCUAUUUGUGGCCAUAACAUUAAUGACAUCGAUUUAAUUUUAAAAAAUAUUUUCUUUUUAUGUUAUUUUUUUCCAAUUGUCCUUUGUAAUGUGGAAGGCUCUUAGUCGUAAACUUUUUUUUUUAAAUUCAUGUCUUUCUAGUCCAAGCUUGCACAUACCUUAUGCCUCUAUUUCCUUCACACAGCUUGGACGCAUUCCUUCAAUUAUCAUUAAAAGAUCGCUUGUUUGAAUUUGUUCGGGGUCUUCUUUAUAUGAAUAUAAAAGAAUUGUCGAUUGAUCCCUUUAGCUUUACUUGGCAGCUUUGUUAUGGAGGAUAUACAAAAUUAGUAGACUAGCCACAUUUAACCAGCGGAAUGAAGCAGCUAAGGCUGCAUUAAGUCGGUGUUCGCAGAUUUUUUAUUUUUUUUUUAUACUCUGAUCCAUGUAUCAACUCAAUGCCCAUAGAUAUUUUCUAUCUUUUUAAUGAACACAGAGCAUUUCACAAGGGUGACAUCAAUUACUUUUUUUUUUAUGUUUGUUUGCAUACUUUUAACGGGUGCAUUUGAUAAGCAUUAAUUUUCCAGAAAAAUCCUAGUUUAAGAAAGAUUUACAGUGAAAUUAAACGACGGAAUUUCUACAUUGCAUUUUUUAUUGAAACUUUCAAACAAAACUUAAUAUUAUUUAAACGUUUUUUUUUUUUUUUUAAAUAAUCGACUAUCUCAUUGAUUUCGAUGUAACUUUUUAAGUGUUUGAUUUAAAAAAAAAGAUUUUGUACACUCCCAUAAUAUCGCUUUUAGGCACAGCGUUCAUACAGUAUGUUUAACCAAAAUCGAACUGUUUAUACAAUUUGACAAUAAGUCUUACUGGGGUUGCACCAGGAUAGUGCUAAGUGAUGUAUGCGCUACCGCCAUAAUACAUGUGAUCAUUUUUGUGUAGGUGAUCCAGAUGAAAUGAAAGACUACUUGACAAGAUAUAAAAUAUGGUACGGUGGCCAUGACCAGUGCGCCGGCAGCUCGGUGAGAGGCGUGUGUAUACAAAGUACAGGUAAGUAGAACUUCAUUUAUCGAUACCUCAAAUGAUUACACAAUCUGAAUUAACUUCAACAUGUUACUGAAAUACUUUUAGAUUCUUUCAUGAUCGUGCAUUACGGUGAUGUGUCUUUAACUAGUAAUAUAAUGUUAAAAGACGCAACCUAAGCGUUUAUUUAUCUUCAGGUGACCUAUAUCGACUCGGUCAGGCCAAGCAUCUCUUUGCCAACAAGUUCUACCUAGAGGAAGACCGUGUCGUCAUUGGAUGCCUGGAGGAGAAACUGUUCAACGACACAAGGGAUGAAUACCUGGGGACUAAAACGUUUAAUGAAUCUUACUACGCUAAUUUAGACUUUGUGAAAUAUCAAAUAAUUUAAUUGAUCUUUCUAGUGUCUUUAUCAAAUCAUUUAUUUUACAAUAAAACAUAUAUCAUAGUUGUUGCCUGGUUUUAGAACAUCUUGCAUGGUAUGUUUAUUCAUUUGUUUAUUUUAAAAUGAUAAAAAUGAAAUAAGUAUAAAACACAUGUGCAUGAGGCAAAUGCUUAUACAUGUAUAUGUUUUGGCUGUGAAAAGAAACUUACAUAUUUCUACUCAAAAAACUUUUUACUUAAAAUAAAAGAACUGCCUAUAACUUUGCAAUAUCUACAUUUGUUUGUUUCAUUUCAAUAUUUCAAUUUCAUCGAAUCAAUGGCUUUGUGGGAACAGACUAGCUAUUAAAAAAACAACAAUAAAAUUCAAACAAACUCUAUGGGAAUGUUAUUAUUUUUAUUACACUUUUGUUGAGUACAUUAGAGUGUAAUAGAUGUGUGUGCCAGAUGCUGCAUUCUUAACUAAAAGAAGAGUGUUAAAUGAUAAUUAUUUAUGCAGGUUAUCAUAGACAAUUGACGAGCGGAAAGAAUUAUGGGACCAAUGAGCGCUAGUGAUAUUUAUUUAAUAACAAAUCUCAAAAUUAAUUAAUCAAUAGAAAACGCAUAGGACAAAACAUCAAUAACCAAUAAGUAGAGCUAAACAUGACUAACAAUCAUUAAUGUUAAGCUUUCAUCUGAAAGCUGUCCCGCAUCACUCAGUUG